CUCAAACGGCAGCUUGCGGUCUUCACGUGGUUCGAGAUGCUUCAGGGCUCCAUGAGGCUGUACAGACGCCACUACUGCAUAGCGGUCGGAAAAUAGUAUGAGUGGAGCUGUGGCGCGAGGGUCAAUCAUUCCCCCGCAUACGUCACGACGUAACGCAACCUACGCGAUGUCGACGUCGAAGUUAUUCACUACCCCACUAUCGCGUGCUCAUUUCGUAAAUGAUGUGAGAGGCUCAUGAUGUUAUAGUCUCCCUGAGGGCCAUUUUCGCUCUUCAGCACUUCUCUCUCUCACACAAUUUGAACCCACACACACACAAUCAUGGCCAAAGCCCAUCCAGACGCAGACCUUCAUCCAGAGGCUACGGGGCCAGCCGCGCGCACUGUGAAGGCCCACGAGCCCGAACACUCCCUCAAGCUCUACUCGGGCUGGUUCUGCCCCUUCGUUCAACGCGUCUGGAUUGCCCUCGAAGAAAAGCACAUCCAGUACCAAUACAUUGAAGUAAACCCCUACCACAAGCCCAAGUCGCUGCUCGACCUCAACCCGCGCGGCCUAGUCCCCACAUUGGAGUACGACAACAAGCCGCUGUAUGAGAGCACAGUGCUCGUCGAGUUCCUCGAGGAAGCGUUUCCGGAUCACACGCCGCACUUACAGCCCAAGGACCCGUAUCAGCGCGCGAGAACAAGGAUUUGGACGGAUUUUGUGACGAGUAGGAUUAUUCCUGGGUAUCAUCGGUUUUUGCAGCAUCAGGGGGAGGAUGGGUUGCAAGAGAAGAGGGAGGAGUUCUUGGGCUUCCUAAAGGAAUUCACGAAGGAGAUGGAUAGCGAAGGGCCGUACUUCAACGGCAAAGAGUUCGGGGCCAUCGACGUGAUUCUCGCGCCUUGGGCAGUCCGGCUCUGGGUUUUCGACCACUUCAAAGGCGGACUGGGGAUUCCGGAGAAGGGGAAGGGAGGAGAUGACGAAACCACAUGGGAACGCUGGCGCACGUGGAGUGAGGCGAUCCAUAAGCGGAAGAGCGUGAUUGAGACACUGAGCGAGCGCGAGCACUAUCUGCCUAUCUACCAGCGGUAUGCGGAGGAUCGGGCGCAGAGCGAGCUAGCGAAGGCGACGCGCGCGGGGAGGGGCGUGCCGUGAGGGCUUGGGGGAGGUGGGUGUGGCCGAGGAUUCUCGGGUAGGAUGAGUAUAUUGCUGGGGUAAAAGCGUAAGCGUACGCUAGUUGCGAAUGUGGUGGUGGGGGUUGCCGUGUGGGUAUCUGAGUAUAUAACAGCCAGUCUUUGUAGAGCUUUCUUUCUCAAU